CCGCCUAGACAAGGAAACUGUUUGGCGAGACUUGCGCGGACCCCCGCAGCGGAGGGAUCAGAAGAAGGAGAGAGAUAGAGCACGGUUGCGACUUGCAGUCGGACACAAACCGCCAAGAUGCUGAAAAUAUGGUCUAUGAAGAAGGAGCAGGAGAAGGCUGAGAACGCCGGGGAAGGCACGACGGCGCCAGCUCCCAAGAAGAAGAGAGUGACGGCGGCGCAAUUACGGGUGCAGAGGGACCUCGCAGAGCUCUCGCUCGGCAACACAAUGACGACCGAAUUCCCGGACCCGGACAACAUCCUCUCCUUCAUCCUGUACAUCGAGCCGGACGAGGGCAUGUACAAGGGCGGGCGGUUCAGCUUCUCGUUCAACGUGACGCCGGCGUUCCCGCACGAGCCGCCCAAGGUGCUGUGCCGCGAGAAGAUCUACCACCCCAACAUCGAUACCGAGGGCAAAGUGUGCCUGAACAUCCUGCGCGAGGACUGGAAGCCGGUGCUGAACCUGAACGCCGUCAUCGUCGGCCUGCAGUUCCUGUUCCUGGAGCCCAACGCGAGCGAUCCGCUCAACAAGGAGGCUGCCGACGACCUGAGAAACAAUAGGGAUGGCUUCAAGCGGAACGUCAGGCAGGCCAUGGCCGGGGGCACCGUCCGCGGGGAGACAUACCAGAGGGUGCUGGUGUAGGAACCCGAGCCGG